AAACAAUUUUUUUUUUUACACCACUUUGUUAUUUUUUCCUUGUUUUUAAAAGAAAGAAGGAAAAAUUAUUUUUGUUACAAUAAUAUCAAAUUUUUAGUUACGCAUAUAUAUAUAACACCCCGAUAAACCACUUUUUUUUUCACGUUUAAUCAAAAUACACAGAUAUUUUAGUCACAAUGCUUGUUCUUAGACACAACACGCUCUCCUCAGACCAAUUAAUUAUUUGUGAGAGGACAAUGCUCAAAUUCAUUGAUAAUAAACUUACAGAAAAAGAUACUGGAUUACAUUUUAAUGUAUGGAAAUGGUCGAAACCUGAAUUAUUUGGUCUCAUAUUAGGAAUGAUGGUUAAACUUGACCUUGUCGGUGCUUUAAAUAUUCGAAAAUCUGAAAUGUUGGAUUUCAUAAUUGAUGUUGAAAAAGGUUAUUACAAUACUUCAUACCAUUCCUUUUUACAUGCCGUUGAUGUGGUAGUUGUUCUAUACUAUAUGUUGACAGAUUUAGGUUCUGCAAAGUAUAUAUCAUCCUUAGAUGCUAUUUGUUUGCUCAUCGCUGGUUUAUGUCAUGAUAUUGGUCACCCUGGUUUGAAUAACGUUUAUCAAGUAAAUGCUCGAACAGAUUUGGCCAUUAGAUAUAAUGAUCAAUCAGUUCUUGAAAAUUACUCUUGUGAUCUAACUAUGGACAUUAUAAAUAAACACAAGUUAUUCCGUCACGUGCAUAAAUGUGAUACUGAAUACUUGGGUUGUGAUCCACAAGAGGUUAAUGCUUCUUUGAAAAGUUUGAUAAAUAGAAUUAUUUUAGCUACAGAUAUGACAUUUCAUUUUGAUUUAUUAGAAUCUUUACAUAAUAUGAUAGAAUCUACAGGUUUUUCAUCUUCAGAAGAAUCUGGUGAAGAAACUGAUAGUGGUUGUUCUUCCCCUUCUACUUCAUUAUCUUCAUCCCCUGAAUCAUCCCCAAUUUCAAUAAACCCUCCAAAACAAUUUCCAAUUUCUAAGGAUGACCAUGUUAAGAUCAUCAGAUCUUCUUCAAGAUCUUCCUCUUCAUCAUCUAUUAUAGUCACUUUGGAUUCUGAACAACGUGAAUUAUUACUAAAAGUAUUGAUUCAUGCUGCUGAUCUUAGUAAUACUGUUCGUCCGUGGGAAAUUUCUAAACUUUGGUCUGAUCGUGUAGUUGAUGAAUUUUUCCGUCAGGGUGAUCUUGAAAAAGGAAAUAAUCUUCCAGUUUCUCCUAAUAUGGAUCGUGAACAAUCUCAUCAAUGUCAAAUAAGUCUUGGUUUUGGUGAUUUCGUAGUUAAACCUUAUUUUGAAGCUUUUGCUUCUUUCUUAAAUCCUUCAAUGAUAUUUUUGGAUAUUUUGGCUGAAAAUCGUGUAUUCUGGGAUAAUAUGAGAAAUGCUCCCCCACAACCAGAAAUUGUUUUACCAGUUUCCACAUCAACUGAUGAUUCUAAUGAAUCUUUUUCAUCAUCAUUAUCUUCAAAAAGUUCUUCUACAAAAGGUCAACGUCGUGUCAGUUUGGCUGCUGGUUUAUUAAUAAUUCCAGAAGAUAUACAAGAAAAAUUAAGAAUGAUGACUACUUCACGUUCUUCAAAGAAUCGAAGAUUAAAAAGGAGUUUAUCUGGUCGUUCUUAUAGUCAUCAUUCCUUACUUCCUACACCUAAUUCUUUAACACAUGAUGAUGUUGAUGAUGAUGAUGAUGAUGAUGAAUAUCAUAAGUCUACAAGACGAAAAUCGGAGGGACCGAGAAACAUUUCAAGUAAUUUAUCAAUGUCACCUAUUACAACAGUAAUUGUUUCACCUCCUGCAGAAUCAUCAGCGGAUGUAACCCUAUCAUCAACACCCAUGGCUUAUAGUUUAUCCCAUAAUAACAACAAAUCGGCAUGUAGUCAUCAUCAAAGACGUUUACAUGGUCGCAUGAGACGAAGUAGUUCUCUGGAUCAUAACAUGAUUCGACAAAUAACCGCAUUAUAUGGUAACGGUGAUACUCAAACUUCUGAACAAAGGGCUGUUAUGGCAGGAAGUUAAAAAAAAAAUCUCUUUAUAUUUUUAUUUUUUAUUUUUAUUUUUUUUUAAUUAUUAUACAUAUAAUAAUAUUACAAUAGUAAAUAAUCAACCUUCUUACCAUUUGUCCCUUUUAAUUUCAUUAUAUUAUACAUAAUCUUAUAUAUACAAACAACAAUUACAUAUAUGUA